AUGCUGCGCCUCAUAUCGGUGGCCUACCUCCUCGUAGGCUCACCCAUUGCGACCAGUCCCCCAAUGGGCACGACACUCAAUGGAACCCACAGCGGGGUGUACUCAACCUCAUUCGAGCAGGACUUCUUCUUGGGUAUCCCAUACCUGCAAGCCCCCGUCGAUGACCGACGCUUUCAUCCCGCCGAUAGUCUCACGGGCAGCUGGGAUGGCACGCGCAACGCGACGGCCUACGCCCCUUCCUGCUACCUCAACAUCGUGCGACCGCACCAGAACACGUCCGAGACCGACCCCCUCCCCGUGGUAAUCUACUUCCACGGCGGCGGCUUCUCCGGCGGCAGCGCGCACGACGGUCGCUACAACCUCAGCUCCUUCGUUGCGCGGUCUGUCCAACAGAACCAGCCCGUCAUAGCCGUCAGCUUCAACUACCGACUGAGCGCCUGGGGGUUUCUGUAUAGCAACCAGAUCCGCGACACGGGAGCGACCAACGUAGGCCUCCGGGACCAGCGGUACGCUCUGCAGUGGGUGCAGGAAAACAUCGCCGGGUUCGGAGGCGAUCCCCGGCGGGUGACCGUCUGGGGCCAGGGGGCUGGGGCCUCCAGCGUUGGCUUUCAACUGACGGCGUACGCGGGGCGUGACGACGGCCUCCUGCGCGCCGCCAUCAUGCAGAGCGGGAACCCCGUGCCCUCCCGCGGGCUUAACGGCACGCAGUACUUCCAGCCGUUGUAUGACGCUCUCACCCAACAGGACACAUGCUGGGUCAGCCCGGAUAGCAUGGCGUGUCUGCGGACGGUACCAUUUGCCGAGAUGAACGCCGCCAUCAAUGCCACGAGCCCGCACGGCUGGUUCCCCGUCAUUGACGGGGAUAUUGUCCCCGAGCAGCCGAGUCGCUCACUGUACACGCGCAAAUUCGUCCCGGUGCCGAUCACCCUCGGGGCCGCGACGGACGAAGGAACCGCGCAAAUGCCGGCUGGAUCGUAUCCGCAAUCGUACGGCGUCGCUCCGGGGCUCGCCUUGCCGCAAGUGCUAGUCGACCAGAUCACCACCGCCUACGCCAACGUCUCCUCAGUGCCGGCUGUGAAAGCUCGUCUGUACCAGGGGGAUUCAACGGUCAUCGCCCACCGACGCCAGGCGUGCGCCACCUGGUCUCGCAACGAUGUGACUACAUACUGCUAUCGAUGGAACAUUGCCCUGGACGACGGCCAACGCACUGCACGGCACGGUGACGACCUCCCCUUCAUCUUUGACAAUACGCGCGGCACCGGCUACGAGAAGAUCCCAUUGGACAAUGAGUCACUCGUGGAGCUGGCAGCCGAGGUGAGCGGAAGCUGGGUCAGCUUCGUCGCGACUUUGAACCCCAACGCCUGGAGGACGGCUAGCAAUAGCAGCAUUACUGCACCAGCGACAACCACGAAGGGGAGGAUUUCAACCUGGCCGCAAUACGGGGCCCCGCAUCAGUACGCACUGGUCUUUCAGGCUAACGGGACGAGUUACGUCGAGGAGGAUACCUGGCGAGCAACCCCAAUUCGGCUAAUUAACGGGCCUCCGUCAGGGAUUGGCGUGGCAUAUCAACGGUAG